UCACCUUUUUGUCAUACUGACUCUGUUCUCUCUUGACAAAAUCAAUAAAGACACAGCAAUCAAUGAAGAAUGACGACAGACACUUCCAAGAAGGAUUUUUGAAAAGGUGGUUUCUGAAAAAAGUAUCUCUCUCUCUCUCUCUCUCUCUCUCUCUCUCUCUGUCUCUUCCUGAAACCAUUAUUCAGAAAAAGAAACUAAAAGUUUUGCUUGAGCUCAAACAGUGAAAAUGGAUUCAGUAGCUGAAUAUGAUUAUAACUGUCCUGUGUGCUGUGAAAUCUUUAAGGAUCCUGUUGUUUUAUCAUGUAGUCACAGUUUCUGUAAAGAGUGUCUUCAACAGUUCUGGGAAAUCAAGGAAACUCAGGAGUGUCCUGUCUGCAGGAGAAGAUCCUCAAGGGAGGAUCCUCCACGUAAUCUAGUACUAAAAAACUUGUGUGAGUCGUUCCUGAAGAAGAGAAAUAAGAGGUGUUCAUCAGGAUCUGAGGAGAUCUGCAGUUUACACAGUGAGAAACUCAAACUCUUCUGUCUGGAGGACAAACAGCCUGUGUGUUUAGUGUGCAGAGAUUCACAGAAACACGACAAUCACAAAUUCAGACCAAUUAGUGAAGUGGUUUCAUCAUACAAGGAGGAUCUCAGUACAGCACUGAAGUCCUUACAAAAGAAACUUAAACACAAAGAGAACAUUCAAGGAAAAUUUAAAGAAACGGUUCAACACAUCAUGUCUCAAGCUGAGCACACAGAGCGUCAGAUUAAACAGCAGUUUGAGAAGCUUCAUCAGUUUCUCAGAGAUGAAGAAGAAGCUACAAUCACUGCACUGAGGGAGGAAGAGGAGCAGAAAAAGCAGAUGAUGAAGGAGAAGCUGGAGGAGAUCAACAGACACAUCUCAGCUCUUUCACACACAAUCAAAGACACAGCGGAGAUGAUGGAAACCAACGAUGUCUGCUUUCUAAAGGAGUUUCCAGUCACAAUGGAAAGAGUCCAGAUCUCACAGCCGGAUCCACAGACGCCUUCUGGAGCUUUGAUUCAUGUGCCACGUUACUUGGGCAACCUGCCGUUCAGAGUCUGGAAGAAGAUGCAGGACAUUGUCCAAAACACUUCUGUGAUUCUGGAUCCAAACACUGCAAAUCCAUUUCUUGUCCUGUCUGAUGAUCUGACCAGUGUGAGAUAUGGGAAUAAACAAUUGCUUCCAGAGAAUCCAGAGAGAUUUGACUAUUAUUCUUGUGUUCUGGGUUCAGAGGGUUUUAACUCAGGAAAACACACCUGGGAUGUGGAGGUUAAAGAGAGCCGAUGCUGGAGUCUUGGAGUAACUACAGCAUCAAACCAAAGGAAGAGAUGUGAUUUCUUUCACAAUGAUAUCUGGAGUGUGGAGCAUGGUUCUUCUGUUAGGUCUGGUUUUCAUCUUGAAGAGAAUCUUGAACGUGUGAGAGUGAAUCUGGACUAUGACAGAGGGACGGUGUCAUUCUCUGAUCCUGUAACUAACAGACAUCUACACACAUACACAACCACCUUCACUGACACUGUUUUGCCAUUCUUCUGUUGUUACAGUUUAUUCCCUCUAAGGAUUUUAUCAUAGAAUAGGUCUACUCAGUAAUCUGUAUUGUAAGUGGGUUGAUGGAUUAGUGUGGGAGUGUUAAUUGCAUAAGUUUUUGUUAAUUGCAUAAAGAAAUUGUAUGAGUAUUUUUUGUUUAAUUAUCAUGUUAUGUCUUUUUUGUGCAGCACGUCCUCUGUCAAAGCCAAAUUUCUCCCAAAGUA